UAGUGAUGAAAAUGAAUCCUGACUUUUUUCCCUGUAAAUAUUAAUUGAUAACAGUUCUGUCUUCCUUUCACAAGAUAGCAGGCCUUGACCAUCCUGCAGUUAUGUAAAUGUGCUGGAGACCUGAUGCUGAACAUUAUGUGACUUAGUUUAGACCUGUUGGAAAAAUAAGAACGUUUCCCACAAAAGGACAAGAUUUUCUUUGCAAUUUAUGCGCGGUCGCCGAGUUAAAUUCACCAACACAGCAGAAACUUGGAAAUCUCCACAAGUCCAGAGGAACGAGGGGAUUUCCACCGCGGGGCACUGAUGGUCGGCAGGACUCAAUCCCUGUCUUCAUACGAUGGAUAAGAUGGUGAAGAUGCCCUGCAGCUACAGGCCUGCGGUUGAUAAGAUCCUGAUGGCAGAGCAGAUCCUGUCAGAGUUCAGACUGAAGAAGGAAGAGCUCAAAGAAGUCAUGAAGAGGAUGCAGCGCGAGAUGGACAGAGGGCUGCGUCUAGAGACACACGAAGAGGCCAGCGUGAAAAUGCUCCCAACUUACGUCUGCUCCACCCCCGAGGGAUCAGAGGUAGGGGAUUUCCUGGCUCUGGACUUGGGGGGGACCAACUUCCGUGUCAUGCUUGUGAAGGUGGGUGAGGAUGAGGAGAGGAGCUGGAAGGUGGAGACCAAGAACCAGAUGUACUCCAUUCCCGAGGAUGCGAUGACGGGCACUGCCCAGAUGCUGUUUGACUACAUAGCAGAGUGCAUGUCCAACUUUUUGGACAGGCACCACCUCAAGCACAAGAAGCUCCCUCUGGGUUUCACCUUCUCCUUUCCUGUACGACACGAGGACAUUGACAAGGGCAUAUUGCUGAACUGGACCAAAGGCUUCAAGGCCUCUGGGGCAGAGGGGAACAAUGUCGUGGGUUUGCUCAGAGACGCUAUCAAGAGACGAGGGGACUUUGAGAUGGACGUGGUUGCCAUGGUGAACGACACCGUGGCCACCAUGAUUUCCUGCUACUACGAGGACCGCAGCUGUGAAGUCGGGAUGAUUGUCGGCACAGGUUGCAACGCGUGUUACAUGGAGGAGAUGAGGACGGUGGAGCUGGUGGAAGGGGAGCAGGGCCGCAUGUGCGUGAAUACAGAGUGGGGGGCGUUCGGCAACAACGGGGAGCUGGAGGAGUUUCGCCUGGAGUACGACAGGGUGGUGGACGAGACCUCGAUUAAUCCCGGGCAGCAGCUAUACGAGAAGCUGAUCAGUGGGAAGUACAUGGGCGAGCUGGUCCGGCUGGUUCUGAUGAAGCUGGUGAACGAGGACCUGUUGUUCAACGGCCAAGCCUCCGAGCUGCUGAAGACGGGCGGCAGCUUGGAGACACGCUACGUGUCACAGAUGGAGAGUGACACUGGAGACAGAAAACAAAUUUACAACGUCCUGUCCUCGCUGGGAGUUCUGCCCUCGGAGUUGGACUGCGACAUCGUGCGUCUGGUGUGCGAGAGCGUGUCCACGCGCUCCGCUCACAUGUGCGCCGCGGGGCUCGCCGGCGUCAUCAACCUGAUGCGCGAGCGACGCAGCGAGGAGGCCCUGAAAAUCACGGUGGGGAUCGACGGAUCCGUCUACAAGCUGCACCCGUGUUUCCGUGACAGGUUCCAUAAAAUCGUCAGGGACCUCACUCCUCACUGCGAGAUCACCUUCAUCCAGUCGGAGGAGGGGAGUGGCCGCGGGGCCGCCCUCAUCUCGGCAGUGGCCUGCAAGAUGGCCGCCAGCAUACUGACACAGUAGAUGCCGUGUGCGCUUGGACAGUGGCGAAGCAGGUCCAAGAACUCUGACCCGAGAACACUGAGGACACGUCACCCACAGCCCACCCACAGCCACGGCUCUGGCCUCUCUGUGGCUUCCAAGGGAGGCUGGUCAGCAGACGGGACACGCGCACCUGGAGGAUUGAUGCUCGAAGAUACUGACAAGAAAGAAACAGUAUUAUGGUAGCAUUAGACCAACGUGUCGCAUUGACAGUGUUCUUUCUUUUUCUCUUUGUGUCACUGCCUGUUGCUAUAGUUUGGGUAUAAACCUAACCGGCCCAUGUCAAGAAUGGCUGUAUUAUUGAUGAUGUACUACAAAACCCAUGCAACCAACACAGAAUUAUAUUUGAUAAAGGCUGUUGUUAUCUGGGACUAAAUCAGAUUCAUUGAUUUGUUGUGUAAUGUUGUCUUUUUGCAUUAUUCCCUAGCUAUUGUAUAUUUAAAUGUUAUGUUUACCACCCUGGGUAGGUUCUAGGUUGUGUAUGGUGACAAGAUGAAAUGUGCCUUGGAUGUGAACAGGCCUUACUGUAAAUAAAGAUGCAAAAUUAAACUAUUAUGCUUUAAAAU